CCUACGUAACGCCUCCUCAACCAAUCACAUGCGUUGACUAGCAAAAGUCCUUGAAGGUUAGCCCAUGCAAGCUAAAUCCAUGUAUUAUUUUACGAGUAUGUAGUACUAUCUGAUUAAAAACACUAUAUUUUCAACAGAAUUGUCAACAGCAGCAGAUAUGGCUUCGCUCUCAAGCUACGCCGUGCGCAUGGCGCGCCUGAGUGCCCGCAUCUUCGGGGAGGUUGUCCGUCCGACAGACCCCAAGUCCAUGAAGGUGGUUCAGCUCUUCCAGGAACAGCCGAUGGGCCAAAGGAAAGAGGUUUACGACUGGUACCCCAAGCACAAGAUCUACUAUUCCAUGACCCAAAGGCUAAGGUUCAUGGGACUCUUCAGAGACGAACAUGAAGACUUUAAAGAGGAGAUGCGACGCUUGAGAAAGCUGCGAGGCAAAGGGAAGCCGUUGAAGGGCGAAGGGAAGCGGGCGGGCAAGAAGAAGUGAGCCCAUCCUGGAACCUAAGGAACUACACAGAACUCUCUCUUUCUCUCUCCCCUCUCUGUGUACCAGACAAACCACUGUGCACCCUGUGUUGAGUGCAGCCUUGGACUUUACCUCUGAAGAAGAUUCCAGUGUUUUGCCUAGUUGGCCGUCCAGCAACAUCGAUAAGGCUUGUGUGUUCAUUGUGUAUAUUCUGCACAUGUGGGAACAUACAUUCAAACAGUAUAUUGUGGUAUUCAUUCAUGAAUAAUAAUGAGAUGUAUAUAUGUGUGCUUUUGACAUCAAAUAAACAAUAUUGCCAUUCAGUGUGUUUUUUAAACAAAAUGGAAUGAAUUGUUUAUAUUAUUUACCAGACUUGUGUAAGGGAAUUACCAAAAGUGAAGUAAUUCAAUAAAAUAUAAAAUGCUUGUAUAUUCGAUGUAAGGUAUUGCACUAUUGCACACACAUUAAGUAAGUUAAAUACUAGUUCAUAAUGUUGAGAUUUCAUCAUGUAAAAUACACAACACAUACUGCGAUAUUUCCACGUAGACCUAUUGUGAUUGAUCAUCUAUUCAAAACGUUAAAGUUCAGCUUUUACACGCAAAAUUGUAUGCAUUAAUGUGAUUUAUAAUAUAUU